AUGAAGUUUGGCCGCGUCUUCAAGCAGAGCCUCACCAACGAGGGCUUUCCGCCCGAGUGGGUCGACUCGGCCAUCUCCUACUCGCAGCUCAAGAAAUGCAUCAACAGGCUCACCGACGAGCUGCAGCAAGUCGGCCUCGACCCGGCCACCCUGUCCAAGCUACUGAAGCACGUCGAGGACUACAAUGCCUCCGCCGAGCAGCACGACGACCAAGAACGCCCCUUUGAAUACAUCCUCAACGGGGAUGACCCUGCCGAAACCUCGUCCAAGGCGCGGCGACUCUUUCACCCCAAAUUACUCUUCUAUGUGAACGAGACCACUGGAGAGGUGCACAGCGCCCGGUUGGAUGAAGAGACGAAGCGCAAGCUGCAGAUGCUGGCCGUGGAAACGGGCAUGUCAGAAGUGCGAGUUACCGACGAGUCAGGUCCCUUAGAUCCCCCCGAGAUUGAACAUCUGGACAGCCCCGCUGAAUCUGCUACACCCACCCAUGCGCCAAGGAACCGCCCAGGAUAUCGCACCGUCGAGGUACCCAUCACUUCGGAUACCGAGUUCUUUACCAGGCUCACCAGUGAGGUCUCUGGACUGGAGAAGCUACAGACGCGAGAGGAGAAGCGGAUGGGCAGUCAGAUAGAAGACCUAGGAAAGCAGAUAGCCAUAUUCACAGACCCAGGCCGACGAGCGAACAAGAAGAUGCUCGCAGCCUGGCGCCAGAUCUUUCAAAUGUACAUUGAAGAAGGCAUCUUUUUCGGCACAACCGAGAGCGACCACAAAGCACAUGAUUCCGACAAGGCCAUGCAGAGGCUCGCCGAGUUCUCCACCAAAGUGGCCCAGACGGGUCUCGUGGAUCAGAUGCGGAAAAAGGACAACUUGAAGGCGCUGACCAUGUUCAUGCACAUCAAUCGAGAGAUCCUUCAAGGCCUGCGUUUUGGUGAGAUCAAUCACAGUGCCAUGCUCAAGAUUUUAAAAAAAUUCGACAAGCGCACGGCUCUAGGGGUCAAGUCCACCUUCCCUCGACAAGUCGAAUAUCCAGAGUUUUCUGAACACCUCGCCAAAGCCGUCUGCGCCGAAGUCAAUACGCAGAUCCUAUCUCAUAUCCCUCAGAUUGACGACUAUUCCUGCCCCAUGUGCUUCGACCUCAAAUGGCGGCCAGUGAAGCUCAGCUGCGGACACACGUUUUGCAUCCGGUGCUUGAUCGUCAUGCAGAACAAGAAGCAACACAACUGUCCCUUCUGCCGAGAGCCAACCGUUUUCGAUGCAAACUCGGACAAUCUUGAUCAAGAACUAGCAACCUUUCUCAAGAAAUGGUUCCCAGACGAGGUCAAGACCAAACAAAGAUACAACGAGCUGAUGGCCGGUAUCGAUCAGUACGGCGAGGUCUAUGCGAGUCAAAAGUGCGUUUUAAUGUGA